CUUGGAAAUCGCAGAGUGUGUUCGUUAGCCUCUGAGCUCAGUGUAGAAUAUAUGUACUACAUUGGGAGAUUAGCAAUAGCACUUAGAUUUAUUGUAUUCCAUCCUUCACAGUGCUUUACAGUCCUCUCUAAGUGGUUUACAGACUCAGCAUUUUGCCCCCAACAAUCUGGGUCCUCAUUUUACCCACCUUGGAAGGAUGGAAGGCUGAGUCAACCUUGAGCCUGCACCAUAACAGUUCCUUUUUUUUUUCCUUUUGUUCUUCAAAAUCAAGGCCUGACUAAACUAUUCCUGAAUUAAUCAGGAUAGCCCUCUAUUUAAGGGAACUGUUGAUUUUGCCCUUAGGACCAAACACUUUCCUGAUCUGAAUAUUCUGUCCUUCUCCCUCUCUGUUCUGUUCUGUUUCUUGGAUAACAAGACUUGGUGGAAAGUGAGAAAGAUAUGGAGCAGCACGGUUCACUUUUGGAAUAAACAAGUGAAAUAAAUGGCAUUGCAUAAUUUUAUAAUAAGUUGUAAACAGCCUGCUUAGGAUUACAUUUCAGGUUACCUUUACGCUGCAAGAAACACUUAGGAAUGUUCUUAGCUCAUCAGUACUUCAAGUGUCUUGGCAUUAGAACAUAUCUACGGAAAAUUAAUUAUCGUUUGAGAUGCUCCAGGUUUUCAACUUGCUCAGCCAUGAACUUCAAGCACAAAAACGCUAAACGAAUUGAAGGGCUUGAUAACAAUGUGUGGGUGGAAUUUACAAAACUUGCUGCAGAUCCCACUAUUGUUAACCUUGGACAAGGACUUCCAGAUAUAUCUCCUCCUAACUAUGUCAAAGAAGAAUUGGCAAAAGCAUCAUCGGUGGAUAGGCUGAACCAGUACACCCGGGGUUUUGGUCAUCCACCAUUGGUGAAAGUCCUGUCUCAAGUAUAUGAAAAAGUUUGUGGAAAAAGGAUUGAUCCAUACACGGACAUUCUGGUGACAAUAGGGGCAUAUGGAUCCCUGUUUAGUGCAAUACAGGGACUUAUUGAAGCAGAAGAUGAAGUAAUAAUAAUUGAACCCUUCUAUGACUGUUAUGAGCCUAUGGUGAAGAUGGCAGGUGCCACACCUGUUUUUAUACCUUUGAGAAAGAAAUCUGUGAAUGGAGAAGUUGCUUCUAGUGCUGACUGGAUCUUGGAUCCCACUGAGCUUGCAAAUAAAUUUAAUUCCAAGACCAAAGCUAUUAUACUGAAUACCCCUCACAAUCCCAUAGGAAAGGUCUAUGCAAAAGAAGAGCUCCAGAUAAUUGCUGAUCUCUGUAUUAAAUAUGAUACACUGUGCAUCAGUGAUGAGGUGUACGAAUGGCUAGUUUAUACUGGAAAUAAACAUAUUAAAAUAGCUACUUUGCCUGGAAUGUGGGAGAGAACAAUAACAAUAGGAAGCGCUGGAAAAACAUACAGUGUAACUGGCUGGAAGCUUGGUUGGUCUAUCGGUCCCUCACAUCUGAUAAAGCACUUGCAGGUCGUUCAACAAAAUACCAUUUAUACAUGCCCAACUCCAUUACAAGAAGCUGUAGCCCAAAGUUUUUUGCUAGAUUUCAAACGCAUGGAUGAUCCAGAAUGCUAUUUCUACUCCUUGCCUAGAGAGCUGGAAAGUAAACGGAACCGAAUGGCUCAGAUGUUUCUGGAAGUUGGACUGAAGCCUGUUAUUCCCGAGGGAGGAUAUUUUAUGAUUGUUGAUGUGUCCACACUAGGUAUAGAUUUGUCUGAGAUGGAAAAAGAGAAACCUUAUGAUUAUAAAUUUGUUAAAUGGAUGAUAAAAUCUAAGAAACUGUCAGCUAUUCCUUUGAGUUCAUUUUGUGGCCCAGAAACCAAAGAUCAAUUUGAAAAAUAUAUACGCUUUUGCUUCAUCAAAAAAGACAGCACAUUAGACGCGGCAGAAAUGAUUCUGAAGAAUUGGAAGAAACAAUGACCUAGAAAUAAACAGCUUCAAUCAUCCAAAAAAAAAAAAAACCCCAACCCAACAAUUUUUUUUAAAGAUUGCAGUAUGCUGCCAUCUGCUGGAUAUUUAGCAUUAAUAAUUGAAAUGUGUUGAUAUUGGUAUCCUCCAAACCAAUAACAUUUAGCGCUCUAUCUAAUUUUUAAUAUUCUUCAGUAAAAUAUAUAAAUAUUAUUCUAAAGCAGUGUUUCUCAAACUUGGCAACUUUAAGACACAUGGACUUCAACUCCCUGGCUGGGGAAUUCUGGAAGUUGAAGUCCACACGUUUUAAAACUGCCAACUUUGAGAAACACUUGAAUUUUAAACUAUUGUGUUCCAUUAUAUUGGCUAACAAAAGCUAUUCCGCUUUUAUUGCAUGGCAGAUAGUUUUUUUGUCUUUCUUCAUUCAAAAAUGUCAGCAUAAACUGGUAUUUGGCAAUAGGGAAUACAGUGUACAUUUUCUCUACCUCUUUGUACAAAUGCUGAGAAAUUUUGUUGUGAACACCUGGACAGGAUUCCCAGCAAAUAGAAGAAGAGAUGGCAAAAUAUCCAUAUCACCAAGUGCCAUGCUAACCUUGCUAUAGAGCAGGGGUGGGCAAAUGUGGCCCUUUUACAACCUGUGGACUUCAACUCCCAGAAUUCCUGAGACAGCCAAGCUGCUAUAGAGCACACUUUUUUAAACAUCUUGUAUUGCGAUAAACUAUUUUAAUUUUAAUUGGCACUAGCAUUUACAAAAUAAAAUUCUGUUCAGUGUUUUCCCUAAACAAGUAAAACUGCACCUAUACAAUUGUAAUAGUAAAUUGCCAGCCUUUCAUUUUUAGCUUCUUGCCCAAUACUCUGACAGAAUCCUUCAAGUUCAACCUUUAAAAUAUUAGGAAAUAUUAAUAUCUCCAGAUUGUAAAAGCCAGGAUUACUGGAGCUUCUGACAUUUAUAAUAGAAACAUUCUGGAGGUCAUCAGGAUAGAAAUCAAAGUACAUAAUUGUUACAAAACAAUAAAUAUUAUGUACAUAAUUGUUACAUAAAGUUAAUAAAUGAAAUAUGUAUGCAGAUAUAAUUCCAAUACAUAGAGCUAAUAAUGUAAUAGAAAGAAUAUAAAAGACAUAUAAUAAAUUAUUCUAGAAAAAAGAAGUUAGAUUACUUUAGAAUCUGAGUUUUUCCUCUCCCCAUCUUGUGUAAAUUAGGUAAGCCCUUUGAUCUUGUUUAAGUUCAUGAUAUGAGAUGUGUCAUCUGUCAUAACUGGCUGUUUCCAAUGAUUACCAUUUUGUGUUAUAAUAUUCUUUGAGAACCUGUUAAGAAUUGUCAACUAAUUUUAUGGAAUGAAAAAUUGAUUUACUUAAGAAAUCACUAAAACUGCUUAGUCAUAAAUUUUAUCUGAUUAUUUGUUUUCAUUGAUUUUAUAAAUGCACAAAAACAUAAUAAAUCUAACAUAGAAGUAUAACAGAUAAGAGUGAGUUUCUUAAUUUUCUUGUUUAACUAAAGAUGAAAAAUAACAUGACUAAGGAAAAAAAAAUUGUGAACAUAUGGUAAAAUAGGUUUGUAAUAUUACUAUUGUUCUUACAUUCUUAUCCUGCUUUUUAAAAUGUAAACAAACAUGCCUAGUACUCCUGCCUAUUUUCUGCACAACAACCACCACCGUGAGGUAAGAUUGGGCUGAGAGAAAAUGACUGACCCAAGAUCACCCAGCUGGCUUUCACGAUCACACUAAACUGGCUGUCUAUCAUACACAGCAUUGUUACCUAACUGGGUCAGUUUGGUUGCUAAUGCUUAACGAUUUUUCCCAUGACAGGAUGAUUCCCGUUAGCCUUCAAGAGGAUAUGGAAAACAGGUUGUACAGGAGUCAUCCCAUCAAAAGUAUUUACCAAUGCCAGCACAGAAGUAUAUAGAUAAGCACAAUGUGGGGAACCAUAUACCACUUCCCAGAGAACUGAGUGAAGGGAGGUGUAAUCCCCUUUAUAGAAAGCAUCUCUCAUUUUAUAGAGUCCUCCCUCCUCUGGCUUGAUUGUCCUGUUCCUUUAUCUGCUGAGCAACUAGUUGUUGCCUAAUUUAGAUGGCACAUCUGUUCUUUUGUGUUUGUACUUGGAAGUUAUUUCCCAGGUGCUCUUCUUACAAAAUGCACGGGACUGCAGACCUUCCAGAACAACCAUAUGCAUAUUUACACAGAAAUUAAAUGUAGCUUACUUUCAGAUGCAUUAAACUGCACCAUCAUGCACCUGUGUGUUGUGGCCUGUCGGCUGCCAGCAAAGCUAGCAGCAGUCAGAUGAGGAGGUUGAAGGAGAGCCUAGGCAGGUUUUCAAGCCUUUGGAAGGCUCUGAUGAGGAAGCAGGAUCAGAGGCAAAUGCAGUCUGAGCCUUCCGUCCUCCCCCAGGUGGAGAGGCAGCUGUCUUCAGGGCCUGAGCUGAGUGAGGGGGAGGAACAGAUGGGGCCCAUCCCAGAUGUGCAUAUGCAUAGAUAGGAAAGAAAUAAGCUGGCUCUCAGGGGAAAAAAGACAUAGACGUUAGCCAGACCCUCCCUGGCUGGGAAAUAAAUAGUAAGGGUUUGGGAGUGGUCGGUUGUUGCAGACAACGGUUUGUUUUCCAAUGUACAACAAUCACGUUGGAUUUCUUUGCCAGAACCAGGUUUGUUGGGACUAAUUGCUCUGUAUUUGAAGUGCCAAUGGAAUCUCCCUACUGGGAAAUAAUAGGGAGUGAAUUUGCCUCAGCUGAUGUGAACAGAGACUAUUGCCCUGUUUUUCAUUUGCGACUCAUUACUUUUGGUUUUGUUUAUCCAAUGUGAACAAAGACUGUUGCUGCCCUGACUUAAAUAAAAAAGGGGUUGUGUUA